CACCUGGACAACAUGUAUGGAUUGCGUCUAAAGCCAGAACCAAAGGGAGAAGUCCGAAACUUCAAAACCAUUGGACAGGACCCUACAUAGUACUAGGCGCUGUAUCCGACCUCGUGUAUAAAGUCAAAAGUACCAAUGAUGUUGUCUUGUAAAACCUGCUUCAGGAUGUACCCUACAUGGCGCCAACUUAGCAGACACAUCAGAGAUAAGCAUGACAGUCAACCAGUAUUGUGCAAAUACUCCCAGUAUGGAUGUGUUUUGGCCAUGUCCAGAUCAAGAAAGAGCCAAUUACUGGCUCAUGAAGCAAAGUGCAAAUAUCACCCAGUCAAUGGUGGACCGACAAGAAACCAUAGAAUUCAUCCGCAAGUUGAGAGAGAUAUGCCAGGGACACCAGUUCAGGAUGAGCGGCCUGCAAUCCAACUGGUUGAGCUACCUACCGCCCCGUCACCGAGGUCCUGCAUAUCAUUAUUCAAGAACACCUCACCUCUGCUUUCUCCUCUAGCUCAGUCGCCACAGCCAAACCAUAUUCAGGAUCAAGAAAUGCGGGAGAUUGACCCACCAGCAACUAUCAUCAGCUCUAUGGAUGGGAUGAACGAGACCAAUGAAGAAUGGAGAGAUCUGCAACCUAUGGAUAAGGAACAGGAAGGAACAAAUACCUAUGACCACCUCCAUCUGGACCCAAGAUUUUUCUUCUUGGGUGCUCCAUCCAGUUACAGAAAAGAACAUUGUGCUGAAGAACUUAUCAAGGUUAGGGAGAGAUCCAUUCGUACGGGGACCAGAGCAGUAUCAUUUUUUCCCCCAACCCUGGAUCACAUCAGGAAGGAGGAAACAGCCAUCCUACCUGAUGGGACCACCUACCAAUUGCGUUCCUUCUGGUAUCGUACAUCGACGACAACUAAAUGUACAGCAACCCAGACGGAGGAGACCAUCAACUCAUCUUCAUCUGUGAAACAUGAUGCGCAAACUCAGUGUUCUGUCCAUUUGCAACUUGCUGAUUGA